UUCCUUGCAGAACGUCAUAUAGAUUUGAGAGCCCAUCCCAUCUAUUAAAAGACCAUAUAGAGAUCAACAAAGUUCAUAACAAAAGAAAAUUAAGCAUCACAUAAAAGAGAAAGCUAUAGCUAGGCCACCAGAACGAUCACUUAGAGCUAAAGCACAAAAAAGAAUGGUUUCUAGAGAGCAAAAAAGAGCAGCACUGCAUGAGAAGCUGCAACUUCUUCGUUCUAUAACCAACUCUCAUGCUCUAAACAAAACCUCGAUCAUAAUAGAUGCAUCAAAGUAUAUCGAAGAGUUAAAGCAAAAAGUAGAAAGACUGAAUCAACACGUAGCCAAUGCACAAACUUCAAGUGACCAAAAUACUUUGCCUAUGGUUACAGUAGAAACCUUAGAGAAGGGGUUUCUUAUAAAUGUUUAUUCAGCAAAGACCUGCCCUGGUUUACUUGUUUCCAUAUUGGAGUCAUUUGAAGAGAUUGGUCUUAAUGUGCUUGAAGCUAGGGUUACUUGUACGGACACCUUUCGAUUUCAUGCUGUUGGAGGAAAAAAUGAAGAACAAGGUGAUGAGGGUAUUGAUGCACAAACUGUGAAACAGGAAUUGGGACAAGCAAUAAAGAACUGGAGCCAAAAUGCUGACCAAAAGUAACAAAAUGUCAGCUUUUAUAUUUAUGUUAUUUACGUCUUUUGUUGUCCAUUUAUUAAAUUAGUCUAUGCAUUAUUUUAUAUAUAUAUAU